UAAUACCAUUGCUGCUCAGUCCAGGAAUCAGGAGUCCACCAGACAUCAGCACCAGCUUCUAACACGGACUGAUUGACACUAAAUCUCAGAGAUGCCAAAAGGCGAUUACAUCAUGCCAGGAUCUUUUGGAGCUCGGAGAGGUGGACUUUACCUCAAAUCAGAAGAGAUUAUUGGCAUUGUUCUUCUGGUUAUAAUUCUUGUAUUUCUAUUGAUAAUUGGAUGCUGGUACUACAAGAAACGUAAUGGAUACUUAAUUCUCCAGAAUCGACACUUGUCUAAUGCUGUUAUGGGUUCUUUGAUGGCAAGAUACCAUGACAGUGAAGAAGGAACUCCACUGGAGAAUAAAGCAUCAUUGACUGAUUUCAUGAAUUCAAAUCUGAUUCCAAAUGCUCCUCCUCCAUACGAGAAAAAUGCUUCAGAACAACUUCCACCAGAAUAUUCCCUUUAA